AUGAACGUAACAGAACGAAGGAAAAACAGGAAUGCGAGCACCUUUUCCUCAAAUAUGGAAAACGGUGAAUUGCUUGAAGAUCCUUCCAGAAGUAACAUAAGGGGAGAUGAAAAAAAUAUCCUUCUGCUCUUCUUCUUGUACACUCUACAAGGCAUUCCUUUAGGAUUAUCCGCUGCUAUACCUAUGAUGUUACAGAAUAGAGGUGUUAGUUAUAAAAAACAGGCAGAAUUCAGUUUUGUUUCAUGGCCUUUCAGCCUGAAACUAUUAUGGGCUCCAUUGGUUGAUGCAAUAUUUUCUACCAGGAUAGGUCGGAGAAAAACAUGGUUGAUACCUACACAGUACUUGAUAGGGAGUUUCAUGUUACUCCUUUCUGCUCAUGUCAGCCAGUGGUUAGGAAGUGAUGGAACAGAACCAAAUAUUGAAAUCCUAACACUAUUAUUUUUUUCACUCAAUUUUCUGGCAGCCACUCAGGAUAUUGCAGUUGAUGGAUGGGCACUUACUAUGUUGAAAAAAAAUAAUGUAGGACAUGCCUCUACUUGUAAUAGUGUGGGACAAACAACUGGAUUUUUUCUCAGCUAUGUUUUAUUCAUGGCUUUAGAAUCUCCAACAUUUUGUAACCAGUAUUUGAGAACCUCCCCUGAAAAUGAAGGUAUUGUUACCUUACCAGGGUUCUUAUACUUCUGGGGAUUAGUGUUUCUUGUUACCACUACUAUUGUUGCACUUAUGAAAAAAGAAACAGAACCUCAUGAUCCAGAACAUAUUGUCAUUCAUGAUAGAGACAUUAAAACAGCUUAUACAUCACUGAAGGACAUACUGAAGUUGAGAUCUGUUCAAACUUUAGUCAUGAUUUUAUUGACUUGCAAGAUUGGAUUUUCUUCUACUGAUAGUGUGAUGGCUUUAAAGCUAGUAGAAGGAGGCAUUCCAAAAGAGAGGUUAGGACUAUUGGCGAUACCACUGAUACCGGUGCAAUUAGCCAUGCCUUUAGUUAUAGCAAAGUAUACCACAGGUCCUCGACCUCUAGACAUAUACCUCAAGGCCAUGCCGUAUAGGUUAGCGUUUGGUUUUGUAGCAGCAUUCUUGGUGUGGAUUACGCCGAUACUAGUACCUGAUGCCUCGGAAGGCUUACCAUUCCUUUACGUGACAUUCCUGCUCAUUUGUUAUGCUCUGCAUCAGGUGUGUGUUUACUGUAUGUUCGUCUCCAUAAUGGCUUUCUUCGCGAAAAUAAGCGACUCCUCGGUCGGCGGCACUUACAUGACAUUGCUGAACACCAUCAGCAAUCUGGGCGGUAACUGGCCCACCAUGUUGGCUCUUUACUUCGUCGAUCCACUUACAUGGAAACAGUGCGAGGGUGGAGUCGAAAGUUUAGAUAAUACUUGUCGAGAUACUGUAGAGAAAGAUCUCUGCAUCAGCAAAGGUGGAAAAUGUGUCACCGUCCUGGAUGGAUUUUAUAUCGAAACAGCUAUAUGCGCAGUAUUAGGAUUCUUGUGGUUGUGGUGGGGGGCGAAAAAAAUCAAGCACAUUCAGUCUUUGAGUGACAGUGCUUGGAAACUGAAUAAAAGAAAAGAUAAGAGAUAG